CUGGGGUCAGCUUCUGUCCUUCCAUCUUCUCCCUCAGCAAGGAGGUCAUCCUCUGCGGUCUCUCCUAAUUCCUCUGUGUGCAGUUCCGCCACUGUCGGGGCCUCGGCCACUGGACGUAUUAAUUUCUCCUUGCAUCGCCUCGGAAACCAGCCCUCUUGUCAACUUUCUGCUCAGUCCCCGCGCCCAAGUCACACUGGAUCGGUUAUUGCCUCAACAGGCAAUCCUAACACGCAUCAAUUUAUUAUUGCUACCACCUCUACCUCCUCAUCCACACUGCCUGUAGGUCUGUGCAGUAACAACAGCAGCAGUACAUUCCACAAAAUGGCGGGAAGCGAUAUGACAGGGCCGACUCAAGCUGCAUCUGGUAUUAUUCUGGAUGCCUUUUUUGCUCUUCAUAAAUGA